AUGUCUUCAAAUGUAUGUUUGGUACUCCAUUAUGCAGGAAUCAGCGGCAGCACCAGCCCUGUGUUGCUGAUCCGCAGAAAGAGGUGGAGGAGGAGGAGGAGGAGAGAAGAAGAAGAAGAAGAAGAUGAAGACGAAGAAAAGAACCCGACAGAGGUGAAAAUGAGUCAGAUAGUGAUGCCCUGUCACAGCAACCAUCGACAGGAGCUGAGCGUCGGAGAGCUGCUCAAAUGGAUCGAUUCCACCGCCUGCCUCUCUGCUGAGAGGCACGCUGGGUGUCCCUGCGUCACGGCCGCUAUGGAUGACAUCCACUUCGAACACACCAUCAGAGUGGGUCAGGUGGUGAACAUCAAGGCAAAGGUCAACAGAGCCUUUAACACCAGCAUGGAGGUGGGCAUACAGGUGAACUGUGAGGACCUCUUCUCUGAUCGCCACUGGAGGGUUUGUGACGCCUACGCUACCUUUGUUACCCAGCGCACAAACACAGGGACAAAGGUGAUCUUGAAGCCCAUUGUCCCUCACACUCAGAAAGAGCAGGUGGAGUACAGCGUGGCGGCCGAGAGACGGAGGGUCAGGAUGAUACACGAUGACAUCAUCAAAGAUCUGCUCUCUCAUGGGUCGAUCCAACAUGCUGACAUCUCAGCAUUAGGUAAUGCAGUGGCAGCAGAGAGGACCAAGGUGGAGAGUGUUGAACUGGUUCUACCCUCACACGCUAACCAUCAGGUGAAUACAUUUGGAGGACAGAUUAUGGCCUGGAUGGUGAAUGUAGCUAUGAUUGCUGCCAGUCGUCUGUGUCAGGCUCACCCGACUCUGCGGACCAUUGACAUGUUCACCUUCAGGGGGCCGUCUCAGAUUGGCGACAGACUGCUGCUGAGGGCUAUAGUCAACAACGCCUUCAAAAACAGCAUUGAGGUGGGGGUGCGUGCAGAGGCCUACCAGGAGGAGGGACCUAACCGACACAUAAACUCUGCCUUCAUGAUCUUUGAGGUGCUCGACCAUCACGGCAAGCCAUGUACCUUACCAAGGAUACGACCCGAACCCCUGGAAGGGGAGAGGCGGUAUCAAGAAGCCAUAGCCCGGAAGAAGAUAAGAUUGGACAGGAAGUACAUAAUUUCCUGCAAGCAGAGCGAAGUCCCUCUGUCUGUACCCUGGGACCCUACAAACCAGGUGUAUCUGAGCUUUAACAAUGUUUCGGCGCUGAAGAUGUUGGCUGCUAGAAAGAACUGGCGGCUCACCUCUGAGAAAGACAAGGUUCGUCUUUACACGCUGGAGCAGAAGUCCACGCUGAGUUUCAGGGUGGAAUCGGAGGUGGAUGUUCCUGCUCACAGAGCCUCUUGUCUGCUGGCUGAGCUGAGCAACAGGCCGAGCUGGGACACACAUUAUCAGAAAUGUGAGCUGAUUCACCGGGUGGACGAUGACGACUUCCUGUAUCGUGUGGUGACCCCAUCAGUGCCUCGUGGUAAAGUAGGUUCCCCGACUAAAGCCAGCAAGGAAGAAGGGAUUCUCCAGGACUUCAUCUUGUUGGCUUCGAGGAGGAAGCCGUGCGGCAUUGGAGAUCCUUACGUCAUCGCUCUGCGUUCAGUGUCCCUGCCCACCCACCCUCCCACUGAGGGUUAUAACAGAGGAGAGGUUGUGUGUGCUGGAUUCACCGUACUGGAGACCAAAAACAACAUGUCGCUGAUCAGUUACUAUAACCAGGCGUCUCCGGAGGUUCUUCCCUACAUCUCCACCGAUAUUGCCGGCCUCUCCUCCUCUUUCUACCACAUCUUCUGCUCCUGCAGCAAAUACCUGACCAAGAACAGACAGAAGUCCGCCUCAGAGGAGCAAACGGGCCAAAACCAAGCCACGAAUACAGAGCGUGUGGCAGCAGCCCUCAGCAGCACCCAGCUGUAGACGGUCUGUGGGACUUUCCAGGCCACUUCACAUUACAUAGUUAGUGAGGUCAAGCUGCUGUUGGUACAACAUGGUACGAUUAAGACUUAAAAAAGUCAUUUGCAUUAAAGACAAUAUGAUAGUUGGUAUUAAAAUACCAAAUCGAAAAUACAAGGCAAAGUUUUACAGAUCACAAUAAAAUGAGUAAAAUAAAGCCCAUGCCAUAGAUACUUAAUGCUCACUCUAAUAUUCACCCAGAAUCAAGUGUAAGAGACCUGGUUUCUGAAUACUUUUACUAUUCUUUGAUCUACAUUAAGGGGAAAAAGGCUCAUUCUGUAUGAAUUAUUCUGUUUGUAAAUCUGUGGUAAAUGUUAACCAAGUGUGGGGUUAAUUGUGAUAAACACUAACUGUAGCAUUACGAGAAGUGUCUCCAUUUGCAUGACUGCAAGUUGCACAAGGUAACGAGUGUCUUUUCAUAAAAACAUUGAUGUUUUAUUAAAUGCUUCCAUAGGACUUUGAAUAAAAUGUUUGUAACAGAA